AUGAAUUUUCUUGACUUGCCCCAGGAGCUAAUCCUCAGGGUGUUCAAAAACCUAUCGCUUGAUGAUAGUCGCUCUUUGAUCAGCAGCCUACAUUCGUGCAAGGACCCAACCGCCCAAAGAGUCAUCAAACUCCUAUGGAUCACCUGUUGCUCGGAUAAAGUCAUCAUCUCGUUCCCCAACACAGAAACUCCUCUGAGCGAACCCUUUGACUUUGUAUCUUCUAUGGAUGUUUACGACACUAUCAAGGAGCACAUCAAAUACGAUAUAGCGCCCAACCACCUUCAGCUAUUCUUUUCAAGAAACCCAAGGGACUACACUAGAUUUCAAAACUAUUUACAGGACGUAUGGACGCUAUUGGACUCAGAGACCGUUAAAAAGUAUCUACUUGCUGUUCCUAUCCUCGAUAUUGAGCUUAGAGGUAACCUUAUAUCCACAGAGUCUCCUACCCUGUUGGUAUCACUGAUCCUCAAUACGUUUGUUAAGCUAACGACGCUACGAGAUGCAAACUGGAAGUCACUUAAGCUUGUUCUGACAGAUUUAGGAGACUAUUUUCCCCAGAAAUGGGGUCGCUUGUUUGAGGAGUUCCGCUCAUUGCAGGAACUAGUUCUCGAUGAUAACUUAAUCCGACUGCAGCAUCCGAUCGAAAUUAUCUCAUUGCUAGAAGGCUACUUCAAGUGGCCUUUGCAUCUACGUGUUUUAUCGUUGAGACGGAAUCUAAUUUCGAACUUCCUGGCUACGGCACUCAAGUUGCUCCCAGGAACACUCGAGGUGCUAGACCUCGAGAACAAUAUCUUGGAGGAGUUUGGAAUGCAUGGAGAAGUGAGACUAGCAGAUGAGCUCCCGCAUCUUCGUCUUAUAAACCUUUCAAACAACCGUGGAUUGGUCAAGAUUCAGCCACUUUUGUUACAGGGUGCACAAGAUAGGCUGAUGGAUCUCACCAUUAAGGCGGAAAAUUGUAACCUUUAUACCCCGGUUCUCACAGCCCUUGUUGAAAUUGCCAACUUUGAAAAGGUGAAGUUGAUCAUUUAG